AUGCAACUUGUCACACUAAGAGAUCGUGCUCGUUUGAGACUAGAUAGUGAAACAGAGGUUCAACGUCAAGAUCGACUAAGAAAAGAUCGAGAACGAGUUCAAACUCGACGAGCUAACGUAACACAAGAUCUACGUCGUGAGCGACUGGAGCAGAUGAAAGAACGUGCUCAAAUAGCACAAAUGAACGAAUCAGAGAAAGAACAUCAAAUUCGGAUCAAUCACCAAAGAGAACGAAGUCAAUCCAAUAGAAUCAAUAAAAAAUUAGAAAAACGGUCGAUCGACAAUACUAUGCUUCAUCAACAAGAUUUGCAUGACCACACAUAUGGAAAUAGUAGCUACAUUCGUCCUGUUCGUAGUUCUAUGAAUGCAAUCGGACGUAACGAUAGUGUGACAAAUAAGAACAAAAUACGAGAGUCUUCAACUUGGCCAGCACCAGUAUCCAUUGAAUUGAAAGAAGAAUGCUUAAAACAAUUUCUUCAACGAACGUCUAUGGCCAAUCUUGCAGAAGUUACUUGUGCAAUUUGUAAUAUUCGUAGUUCAAAACAGCAAUGCUAA